CAGCCAGGUUCCAGGGCCAUAAGAACGCGACAGACUCUGGCCUGUGGGAAGAGAGAGAAGGGGGAGCAGCUGCCCGGAAUUUGUUUUCGCAGGGAGCGUUAAGCUGCCUGCCGCCGCUGCCGGCCGCACCACCUAAUCGCCGUUGGACCUGCUUUCCCCACCACCGCCCGAUGGCGGCCGCCACGCCGCCGCUGCAGGCGGAGGCGUCGCCGUCGCCGUCGCUGCAGGCGGGGCGCCCGGCCCCGUCCGCCGCCGCCGCGGCCAAGCGAGGACCGGCCGGCGCCGGGGGCCUGCUGAUGGGGAAGUACGAGCUGGGGCGCCUCCUGGGGCACGGCACCUUCGCGAAGGUGUACCUCGCGCGGCACGUCGGGUCGGGGGAGAGCGUUGCCAUCAAGGUGCUCGACAAGGAGAAGGCCGUGAAGAGCGGGCUCGUCUCGCACAUCAAGCGCGAGAUAGCCGUGCUCCGCCGCGUGCGCCACCCGAACAUCGUGCACCUGUUCGAGGUCAUGGCCACCAAGACGAAGAUCUACUUCGUCAUGGAGCUCGUCCGCGGCGGCGAGCUCUUCUCCCGCGUCUCCAAGGGCCGCCUCAGGGAGGACACCGCCCGCCGCUACUUCCAGCAGCUCGUCUCCGCCGUCGCGUUCUGCCACGCCCGCGGCGUCUUCCACCGGGACCUCAAGCCCGAGAACCUCCUCGUCGGCGAGGACGGCAACCUCAAGGUAUCGGACUUUGGGCUCUCCGCCGUCGCCGACCAGUUCCGCCCCGACGGCCUGCUCCACACCUUCUGCGGCACGCCGGCCUAUGUGGCCCCCGAAGUCCUCGGCCGCCGCGGGUACGACGGCGCCAAGGCGGACGUGUGGUCCUGCGGCGUCAUCCUCUUUGUGCUCAUGGCCGGCUAUCUCCCUUUCCAUGACAAGAACCUCAUGGCCAUGUACAAGAAGAUUUACAAGGGCGAGUUCCGAUGCGCGAGGUGGUUCUCCAAAGACCUUACCAGCUUGCUGAUGCGCAUUCUUGACACCAAUCCGAACACUCGGAUCACUUUGCCUGAGAUCAUGGAGUCCCGCUGGUUCAAGAAAGGAUUCAAGCCAGUCAAGUUCUAUAUCGAGGAUGAUAAACUGCACAGCGUGAUAGAUGAUGAGGAUGGCCUGUUGGACAUGGGGCCUGCUGAUCCUGUUCCUCAUUCACUGCCAUCUCCACCACGACCUCUACCUCCACAAAAGGUUGAUGGAGAUGAUUCAGGGUCGGAAUCGGACUCAUCGAUCUCAUCCUGCCCUGCUUCUGUGUUAUCUGAUGAGAGCCAGAGGUCCCGUGGGUCACUCCCACGCCCAGCAAGCCUUAAUGCAUUUGAUAUCAUAUCAUUCUCAAGGGGAUUCAACUUAUCAGGGUUAUUUGAGGAGAAAGGGGACGAGGUGAGGUUCGUCUCGGCUGAGCCCAUGUCGGAUAUCCUAAUGAAAUUGGAGGAAAUUGCAAAAUUGAAGAGUUUCAAGUUGCGGAGGAAGGACUGGCGGAUAUGCCUGGAGGGUACUAGGGAGGGAGUUAAGGGGCCACUAACAAUUGGUGCGGAGAUAUUUGAACUCACACCGCCCCUUGUAAUGGUGGAGGUGAAAAAGAAGGCGGGGGAUAAUGAGGAGUAUGAGGACUUUUGCAACAAGGAAUUGAAGCCAGGGAUGCAGCACCUUGUCCACCAUAUGGUUCGAACUCCAAGUAUGCCUACUGAUGCCAAGUAGGUCAAAAGGUUUUCAAGGUAACAACGGCACUUCAGUUGGAGCUAAUGGCUAGCGGAGGGGACAUUCGGAACGGCAUGAGGCUAGAGAUAGAGUUGAGCGCAGCUGACCCGAAGAGAUCCUGUAGUUUGGACAGAAAAAAAAAGGUUGACCAUUUUCCCGCUGCUGUAGUUCGGCCGCCGUUGACGAGCUCCUCAUCUCAUGACUGAAUAAGUCUGCUCCUCCGCGAUGGAGGGAGUGGGGAGAUUGUGGCUGUACUGUACAUAUUCCGGAUGGUUGGUUGGUACUUGGUACGAUGGUACCUGAGAAUAGGUUGUUGAAUGUACUAUCGCAGGUUGGUGUACACCUGCUGUGGGUUUAGGGGUGUUUGGAUCAUUGAGCUAAAGUCUAGUCAAUGUGAUAUCGAAUUUUCGGAGGUUAAUUAGGAGGAUUAAACAUAAGUUAAUUAUAAAAUUAAUUACACGGAUGUUCAUGAUUGGCA